AUGACUCCAUCUGCGAACCAGCAAACACCUGUUGGGCCCGACAGUCCGACGCGCUCCCGCCAUCACCGGCGGCCGCGAACCAUGACCUCGACCGAGGAGAUUGACAACACCAUUAUCCGCCCCGGAAGCGUCAGGAUCAACGUCAAGGGCGCUUACAUUGUCGACCCGGAGCCCUCGGCAGCGGCACCUUCCUCGGCGGCUAACAAUGGAGGAGGCAGCAGUCCCACGACAAGCGAUAUCCGGCUACCAAACCAUACGGCAGUUGUGAGCCAUAUCGCAGUCGACAUUGGAGGAUCCCUCAUCAAGCUCGUCUACUUCUCUCGCGAGGUCGAUUCCACCGAUUCGGGUGGCCGUCUCAACUUUCAGAGUUUCGAGACGGAUCACAUCGACGAUUGCGUGGUAUUCAUGAGAGGACUGCGCGAUCAGCUCACCCUCAAUGGGUCUCGCCCCUCCGAGCUGUCUGUGAUGGCCACUGGUGGCGGCGCAUACAAGUUUUAUAACAAGAUACGUGCUGCGCUGGACGUUGACGUAUCGAGAGAGGAUGAGAUGGAAUGCCUCAUUAUUGGCCUCGACUUCUUCAUCACCGAGAUCCCCCGCGAAGUCUUCACCUACUCCGAGACAGACCCCAUGCACUUUGCCAGUCCCCAAGAGAGCAUAUAUCCAUACCUGCUCGUCAACAUUGGCUCCGGGGUGUCCAUGCUGAAAGUGACGGGUCCGCGAUCCUUCCAGCGUGUCGGCGGUACCUCUCUCGGUGGAGGCACCCUCUGGGGCCUGCUGUCACUCCUGACGGGCGCCCGGUCCUUUGACGACAUGCUCCGCCAGGCCGAGAACGGUGACAACUCGAGGGUCGACAUGCUCGUCGGAGACAUCUACGGCACAGACUACGGAAAGAUUGGCCUCAAGAGCACCACGAUUGCCUCAUCGUUUGGUAAGGUCUUCCGUAUGAAUCGCGGGGCCGAGGUCGGUACAGCCACGCAAGAUGCCGCCGGGGAGGAGCAGGGUGAAGUCAGUCAUUACGACCAGCCGCCCGCUCACGACGGCGACGACGACAGGCAGGUCGAAGACGACGAUGGACCACCCUUCUCCAACGCUGACAUCUCGCGAUCCCUCCUUUACGCCAUCUCCAACAACAUAGGUCAGAUCGCCUACCUCCAGUCCCAGAUCCACAAUCUCUCCAACAUAUACUUUGGCGGAUCCUUUAUCCGCGGCCACCGCCAGACCAUGAACACGCUCAGCUACGCCAUCAAGUUCUGGAGUAAGGGCGAGAAGCAGGCCUACUUCCUCCGUCACGAGGGAUAUCUCGGUGCCGUCGGCGCCUUUCUCAAGAGACAGCCGCUAAACUGGGGCCGGAGAGGUAGCGUUGACGACCCAGACGCCGGAGGUCAUCUGUCGUCGCCGCCUCCUGGAGAGCCGGCAUAA